UAAUGUUUCUCUUCUUACCUUAUUUGACUUUGCAUUUUCGAGAUCGCACUCCUCUGCUUUUAUUUCCAAGUUUCAUAUUUAUUCUCUUAACCGCUGAUAAAAUAACCCCCAUAUAGCUAUAAAGGUCAGAUUCUUCCUUUCCUUUAAUUGCAAGUCCCUUCAAAAUCCGUUGUAAUGUUGUCUUAAUCACAUUUUCAUCUCCUUUUCCAGGAGCAACGGAUGCCGCGGGAACCACUAAAUUCUCUUUUAUUUUAUUUUAUUUUAUUUAAAAACAACGGAAUUAAUUCCAGCGUGGGAAAUCCCACUUGGCCGGGUUCUCCGUUGCUCGCGCGCCCUCUGGCGGCCGCCGCGGAAUCGCCGCCGAAGGAACACGGAAGCGGCAGCGGCGUCGGUCUGCAAGCGAGCGGGGGGUUGGCCAGUUUUCACUAUGGGGUCAGGAGGCGGCGAGAGCUGGACUGCUACCGUUGAGGCUUUCCGGCUGUCCCCUACCGCGUUCCUCUUAGCCCGUGGGGCUGGAGACACCUUGGCGGCCGACCUGUUAAAGGAAUUGCGGAGUGAAAAGCUGGGGGAAGCCAUUAAGCUCUCGAUCCUGUCUUUAUUCUUGGAAUAUCCCACCCUGCUGUGCCCUGAUGCCAAGACGGGUCAGGAAGCCGCAGCCUCUCUCCUCUCCCUCUUUGCCCAAUUGAGCCUCUCCCCCAAGCAUGUCGGCCUCCGUUGCUCCCUGCUCUUUGCCGCAGAAACGGUCCUGGUGGCGACCGACAGCCUGGGCGAAGACUGCCCGACAUCCCACGAACUGCUCUCCGUACUGCUCCACCUGGUGUCUGACCCGAAUGACAGCCGUGGGGGAGUCGCCGAGCGGCCUAUCCGUGCCGCGGCUUGCGAGUGCCUUCGAGAACUGGAGAGCUGCUACUCUGGGUUCCUGUUGCACCGGCUGGAGAUCCUGCGGUCUCUGCAACAGCAGGAGGUCUCGAGCGUCCACCAAGGUUACACCCUGUUGUACAGCGUGGCACUGCGGAACGCCAUCUUCCUCCUGGCCCGGAAUGGACAAGGGUGCUUGGGGGACCUUCUGGCAAGCAACGGAGAGCUGAUGUGGGAGGCUACAAAGGAAGUUGGCAAGCUCUCGCCAGCGGCCCUUGACCAGCUGGUCCUCUUGCCAUCCGCAGCGGACCUCAAGGAGCUAAAAUUGGUGCUCUCGGCUCUUCUGGAGAGCAGCUAUCUCUUAACCUCUGCAGCACAGAGCCAACUCUUGUGCCAUCUGGCUCAGGCGGUGAGUGUCGUCCGCACUCAGUCGCCCGCCAUUUUUAAAGCCCAGCUGGCGCGUCUCUUCGGCACAGCCAGCGUGACUCUGGAACACGCCAUCUUGCAGCUGAAAUCGCUGUUCACCGAUAGUCUCUUCACCGCCGAGGAUGAGUCCUUUCUCCUGCGGCACCUGGUGGGACUGGCGCAGCACCCGGCUCUCCCAGAUCCCGUGAAGCUUUUCCACUUGGAUUGUCUUUUGCACUUCCCUGAAAAUCGGCCGCUGGUCUCCGGAACCGACGAGCGGCUGCCAGUUCUGCUCACGCCCCGUGCUACCUCGGGUCUUUUUCCUGGGUUCUUCCAAGAUCAGGGGACUGUCCUGGCCCGGAUGAAUUUGCUGUGCCUUGUGUGCGUGGAGAAUGAGGGGCCCAGUGCUGAACGUGGGGCGGGUUACCUCCUGGAGCAUGUCCUGGCCCUUGGAGGUCUAGUGGCCCGAGAUGGAGGAUUGGACGCCACGCGGCUUUUCUUCCAAGCAGCCUUCAUUUUUGCCCAAUAUUUUGGCUCGCAGGCCCAGCCCAUGGCAGAACUGACCCGGUGCCUGCUGGAUCUCUACCGUCACAACUGCACCUUAGCUCCGAAUGUCAUCAAUCUGUUGGAUGAGACGUGGAAGAGGCUGGAUGAGUCUAGCUGGGCCAAGACCCUCGCUCAGGCCCUGCAAGAAUUUGUUGUGAGUGUUCCCUUGCAAGAGGAAGACCUAAGUUGGCAUCUCAAGAUUUUAGCCCGGCUGGCAAAGGAGAAGGAAGUUCCCCAAACGAGCACCAUGCACUUCUUAGCUCGCCUGGUCGCCUCGGGGAAACUCGGAGAUUGGCGCUCUGGCCAGAUCCUUCUCAGCGUUUGCCGGAACCUGAUGGUACUUCACCCCUCGCCUGCCCUGUCCCAGCUGGCGGCCCUCCUGCAUGCCAUCUCCCUGAGCCACACAGAUGUCGAUGUCCAAGACCGAGCUGGCUUUUAUUAUACCCUACUCACCAACCUUUCCGGUGAAAAAUUAAGAUCCGUGCUGGUCCCCGAAGGUCCCAUCAAGACUCGGUCGCUAUCCUCAUCCAUCGUUGCCGACAGUGAGAGUUUUGUCGCUGCGUUGACGGUCCACUCAGUGGAUCCAGCCCCUUUGAAGCUGCAGCGUGUCGAGAUUACAGGGGAUAUCCCGGCAGUUCCUCCCGCCGAGCAGGAGGUGGACGGCUACUGCCAGUGGUUGCUGGUGGACCGCGCUCCCUCGCGGCUCAGUUUGGCAUACCGGCUGGUCCACGCGGGGCCUGGCACGUCUCCCUACGACCUCCUCCUCUGUGUGGUGCUUCGGUUCACUUGCACCAGCCGGCAUUACGAGCCAGUGCCCGAACUCUGCAUUCCGUGCCUUUCUGCACAUCGCCCGUCCCCGACAGUGAGACUGACGCUACGGCCGCAUUGCCCGUACCCGACACGGCUGAAUGUUUCUGCCCUUUACACGACGCAAGAUGGAUUGACGCGUUGGAGUCGGCUCGAAAACCUGGAAGUGGACUUUCCAGAUCUUUUCCUACCCAUGCCAGUUCCUGCCUGGUUUUCAGAGAAACAUCGCCAACUUUUCGAUGCGCUCUGGCAGUGCCUACACCCUGACGCCAAAGAAGGGCAUGCCGAGAGCCUCACCGUUUGGCCCUUGCCGCCCCGCUCCUUAGAAGGCUUAAUGCAUGACCAAUUUGGCAGGUACAUCCUGGCUGAGGAAGGCGACGAGUAUAGGAUCGCCCUGACUUUACCGCCUCGGGAUCACAUCCUCUUACAGGUGCGGAGUGUGGACGACGCGGCCCGGGUGAGCAUCCGCACCGACAACUGGAAGCUCCUUCCCUCGCUUAACCACUAUUUGCAGAGUCUGGUAAAGGGCAGUUGACACUGAAGUUCUAAAACUUCUCAGAAAUGUUCCCAAUAAAAAAAAAUUACCUUUUGCAACCUCAGUGUGGUAAAUUGGAUAGAGAAGGAGGAAGAUAUUUGGGGGGGAGGCCCAGUUUUGCAUUUAGAUUUGACAUAGGCCAGAGGGGUUGAAUCUUGGCUACUUUUAAGACUUGUGGACUUCAACUCCCAGAAUUCCGAGGGAGGAUUUCCCGAGGGUGGGGUGGCUCCAUAGCUGGGGCGGAGUCAGCAGCAGCAGGAAGUCAUGCCGGCUGGGGAAUUCUGGGAGUUGAAGUCCACAAGUCUUUCAAGUGACCAAGAUUGGGUCCCUGUGGAAUAAGCGGAGGGAAAGGGGGAACGGAGCGAUGUGUAGCAGUCAAAUCUAGGAAAGGUUGUGGCUUGACGGCAUGGCCCGAAUCGCACAACAGGCUAAGAUAGUGGCUUAGGGUUGCUACCUCAGGCUGAAUGACAAAAGCCGCCAUUUUCACUGUCGGAUUCAUGCGUUGUGCAAAAACCAGAUCAAUAAAGUUCCAAGGA